AUGCGCCGCCUCUCUGGGUACCUCGGGCUCGCAGAGCUCGAGCCGGAGAGCAAGUCGCCUCCCGCGCCUCUCGUCGCUGCGCCCGCUCCAGCCGCCGCUGCUGGCGCUCCCGACUUCUCUCUCGUCUCCGACCCGGCUGGCGGCUAUGCUGCAGCAGUCGGCGCCGGAUCGAAGAAGGCACAAGCGUCCGCCGGCAAGGUCUUCGGCCUCGGCAUCUUAGCGGGUACACACAUCGGCUUCGGCGCCUAUCUCGCCGUGGCCAUCGGCGCCGCUUGCCCCGGCCUCCACGCCUCCAAUCCGGGCCUCCAGAAGAUGGUUUUCGGCGCAUUCGGCCUGCCAUUCGGAUUAUUCAUGAUCUCGAUGUCCGGCGCAGAGCUUUAUACGGGCAACGCGGCCCUCGUGCCGAUGGCGUGGCUGGAGGGGAAGGCCACCGCCGCUCAGGUCGUCCGCAACCUCGGAGCCUCGUGGGCCGGCAACCUGCUCGGAAGCAUCCUCCUCGCGGCGCUGGUGACUGCCGGCGGCACGCUCGGCGAGGCGGCCGCCGCUCAAAAGAUUGCCUUCGGAAAGACGCACGAGCCGCUGCUCGUCGUCCUCGUACGCGCCGUCCUCUGCAACUGGGCCAUGCGCGAGGAGGAGAGCCGAGCCUCGCUGCAGCGGUCAGCCCUCGAGGUUGGCGAGCAGCGGGCGGCGGCGCGGGAGGCGCAGGAGGCCGCGUCGCAGGCGGUGCGCAAGGCGAGGGAGCAGACGCGGCGCGUGGCAGAGGAGCACCAGCGGCAGCUGCGCGUGGCGGAGGAGUACCAGCAGCAGCUGGCCGCGACGCACGCGCAGCUCGAGGAGUCGCUCGCCGCGGUGCGCAGGGCCGAGGACGGGGCGGCGGCGCUCGAGGCCGCGUUGGUCGACGAGCGGCAGCGCGCAUCGCAUUUGCUCAACGAGACGGAGGCGGUGCCAGCCCGCACGGCCUCUCGUCUCCCACCGUGA